AUGACGGUGCUGAGGCGAAUGCGACUUACCUUCGUGGGAACCGGCGUGUCGAGUGCGGUUCCGGUUAUCGGUCAUCUCACGACAGACUGCGCGUGCCGCGACGCCAUCGCGAACCCAAGUGGCCCGAACCGCCGCAAUAACGUAUCGCUGCUCAUCUCCCUGCCUUUCGCAGAAGGCAAGUCGGGUGUGGAGUGGCAUCACGUGCUGAUUGAUUGUGGCAAAACAUUCCGUAGUGCCUACAUGCGCGUUCUGGCGCCGAUGCGGGUACAGUACGUGGACGCACUCCUCAUCACACACGGGCACGCAGACGCCAUGCACUGCGUGGAAGAGUUGUGUGGCAUGCAGGCCGAAGCAGCCGCCCGCUAUGCGCAGUCGGUAUCGCCUUCGUCGUUGCCGUCGAGUGCAGGCAGAACUCUCGCCUCUGCCGUCGUUCCCCGCACCCUUCGGCGAGUCCCGACGUUCCUCACUGCACCGACCCUGGACCAGAUCGCAAUGGUCUCACCGGAGCUUGUCACGCAGAGCUUCCACAUCGGCGCGGCCCCGACAACGGGGACGGCGUAUCAUAGCGCACUUGCCGCAACGGCCGACAUGACCGCCAGGUCUUCCUCCUCCGCUGAGGUGCUGUCGACGGUGAUGGAUAUCUUCUACAUGGAUGACACGAAGCCGCAGCGCAUGCACGUACCCUUCGGGCCUCUGAGCCUUGCAGCAUCAGCCGCACGAGGCGUCAAUGCCACCGACGCCGCGAGUGACCUGCCCUUCUACUCCUUCCCAGUGGAACACGGAAAGGGCUACAUCUCCAUGGCGUGGGUGUUCGGCCGUGGCACCGCCUUCAAGAGCCGGCAAACGCAGCAGCAGCAGCAGGGGAGCUGCGUCGUGUACAUCUCAGACGUGAGCCACAUCCCGGCGACCUCGAUGGCGUUCCUGCAAGACCUCGUGAAGAUCGAUGUCCUCGUACUGGACCUGCUCGCCGAGCACGGGGCGCCGUCGGCGUCGCACUACUGCGCAGACGAGGCUAUCCCUCUCGUCGUGGCACUUGCUCCUCGGCGCACGUACUUCGUCGGCAUGUUCUGCAGCCUCGAGCACCACCGCACAAACGAGGCAUUUGCGCGAGAGCUGGCCGAGCUCAAGAUGCGAUACCGAGACGAACUCGAGGUCGUCGUGCCGGGGUCGUCCGCUCCCGCGGUCACGGACACUGACAGGGAGAAGAAGCUCGCAUUUGUGAACCGGGUUUGCUCCAUGGAACUGGCGUACGAUGGCCAAGAGCUCGACAUGGAUGCGUGA